CCAAAUUUGAACUUGUGCAGAGGCUGCUCAAACUUUGGUACGUUCAGAGAAUCUUCUGAGCGCCUGCUUCAAACAGAAUCAGGGGGUCGCAGCUAAGGAUUCCUCGUUGAAAGGUUUGCCAGAGAGGUAGCAGUAGUGCCCUGUUCGAGGGAGUCAUGGCGGCCACAGCUCGUGCGGCAGCGGCCGCUUCCUCGCUGGCAGCCAGCAGCGUUGGAGCCGACUGUACCGGUUGCAGACAACAGCGGACGCUGCCGACUUUCACAGGGUUCAGGGUUAGCAAACACAAGGCGCAAGCAUCCCCCCAAAAACUGCAGAGGCCGUCUGUGAAGGUGCGGGCUGCCAUGGAUGACAAAAAGGCUGGCUCGAAGAGGGAUAUAAAGGCAGAGGCAAGCGCGGUGGAGUUGUCAUCGGCGGUGGCGGCAGAUGUGAAGAAUGGAGCCAGGUCUGAGGAGAGCAUAAAGGAUGUUGCCCGCAACAAAGCGGCCCAUGAUGUGAAGGAAGUGUUCCGGGCCAAGUAUGUGCCGUUCACCCCGGGCGUUGCGACAACCGAGGAGUACUCACUGGACGAGGUUCUCUACCGGAGCAAAAAUGGUUCGUUGCUGGAUGUCCAACACGACAUGGAGGCGCUGAAGAAGUACGACGGGCAGUACUGGAAGAACCUUUUCGACUCAAGGAUAGGCAGGACUGAGUGGCCGUAUGGCUCUGGAGUAUGGAGCAAAAAGGAAUGGAUUCUGCCCGAGAUUGACAACGACGAUAUCGUGAGCAUGUUUGAGGGCAACUCCAACUUGUUCUGGGCUGAGCGCUUUGGGAAGGAGACACUGGGUAUGAGCGAUCUGUGGGUGAAGCAGUGCGGCAACAGCCACACAGGCUCCUUCAAGGAUCUUGGCAUGACAGUCUUGGUCAGUCAAGUGAACCGGAUGAUCAAGAAAGGCCGGGCCGUGCGAGCGGUUGGGUGCGCGUCCACAGGAGACACGUCAGCAGCGCUGUCGGCCUACUGUGCAGCAGCGGGCAUCCCCGCUAUUGUGUUUCUGCCUGCCGACAAGAUCUCCAUUGCGCAGCUGGUACAGCCGAUCGCCAACGGCGCGCUUGUGCUGUCCAUCGACACCGACUUCGACGGCUGCAUGCGGCUGAUCCGCGAAGUCACAGCAGAGCUCCCCAUCUAUCUCGCCAACAGCCUCAACAGCCUGCGCCUCGAGGGCCAAAAGACGGCGGCGAUCGAGAUCUGCCAGCAGUUCAACUGGGUCGUCCCUGAUUGGGUGAUCGUCCCGGGAGGCAACCUGGGCAACAUCUACGCAUUCUACAAGGGCUUCCAAAUGUGCAAGGACCUCGGGGUCAUUGACCGCAUGCCACGCCUGGUCUGCGCCCAGGCCGCCAACGCCAACCCCCUGUACAGGGCCUACAAGGCCGGCUGGGACAAGUUUGCGCCGAUCAAGGCCGCGCCCACGUUUGCAUCCGCCAUCCAGAUCGGAGACCCCGUCUCCAUCGACCGUGCGAUAUACGCGCUCACGAACUCGGACGGAAUCGUUGAGGAGGCAACUGAGGAGGAGCUGAUGGACGCGGCGGCGCAGGCGGACCGGACGGGCAUGUUCAACUGUCCGCACACGGGUGUCGCGUUGGCGGCGCUUAUAAAGCUGCGGAACAAGGGCGUGAUCGGGCCGAAUGACAGGACGGUGGUUGUGAGCACGGCGCAUGGGCUCAAGUUUACGCAAUCCAAGGUCGCUUAUCACUCCAACGAAAUUGCUGACGUCACGAGUAGGUUUGCCAACCCGCCCGUGACAGUCCCUGAGAACUUUGGGAAGGUGAUGGACGUGCUUCGUAGAGAAUUAGACAAGAGGGGCGACAAAAUCAAGUAGGCUUGUAAAGUUGCUUGGUCUGGUUGCCUGGCCAAGAUAGAGUUUUGAUACCUCUCAGUGUUUGUAGAGGUGCAACGCGAUUGCGAAAUUGACUUCGAUUCUUCCGCUCGGUUAAAGAUAGUAGGCAUGUGCCCAUGUGCGUUUUCGCAUCCUCUUGCAGAGAUCAUUCAAGUUGGAUACCGUCAAUCAGAAUGCACUUAAUAUUCUGUGCCGCUCCUACUUAGCCAGCAGCUGCAAGCAGGGCUAA